AUGGAGAUGUUAAGAGUGAAUAAAUAAAUUUUUCUAAUUCCUUUGUUAAUAAACCAAAAGUCAUUGUAGUUCCAGGUUCAUUAGAGUUUGCAAGCAUUUCUGCUUCCUAAUAGCUUAAUUUUUUGUUAGAAAUUCCUCAAAUUACGACAUGAUGUAAUGUAUCAAAUGAAUAAUUUUAGAUUUUAUUUUUUUUUUUGAUUUUACAAUAAAAUUCACAUGCCUUACCAAAUUAGUAUAGGCAGUCAGAGUAAAUUGGUUUGCAAUUGAUGAUUAACGAAUCGAUGUAAUAACAAGGACUAAUUUAAACCCUUUAGCAGAAACAACUUUUCCAAUCGCGAAUCCAAACUUUAGAGUAGCAAAAUUAUCAAUUUUAAGUUUUAGUUAUAGUGGUGCAUUUGACUUUGAAAUUUCAGUAAUAGUAUUUUUAAUAAACCAUAGAUUUCAUCUUUAACUUCUUAGACCAUAAAGGUUGGAAUAUAAAAUGCAAACUCUAACUUACUGCAUAUUGGAUAUUAAAUUAUAUUGGGAACUGCUGAAGUUUUAAAUCUUUUUGAAACAAACAAAAUCAACAACUUCUACCUAUACAAGCUAAAACUUUAAUUUAGAAACCAAUAGUUACUUUAUUGUAGCUUAUUCAAAAAUACAAUUUAGUAAUACCUCAUUAUACAGAUUAAAAUUCCUUAUAACCACUACAGGUACAACUGCUUAAUAUACCUUAUAAACAUGUAAUUAUAUCAAAUAUGUAUAUAUUUUUAGGGUCAAGUAGUGUAUAUCCGCCAAAUACUGUUUCUACAUUUUAGAUGAAAUAUAUUUUAAGUUAUGAAUUUAAACCAAUUGAAUGUGAAACUGUUAGAAUAAGCAAAUACUUGGAUAGAAAAAUUAAUGAAAAAAUAUCUAAGUAAAUGAAUCUUGUUGAAGCAAAUAAAAUAUAUAUUACUGAAGGAACAGAUUAAAUUUUGGUUGCCGAUACUAUUCAAACCUUGAAUAUCAUUGUUUAUUUUAAGUGUUAUCCUAAUAAAAAGGUUCAUGCUGAAAUAAAUAAAUGUAACUGCUUAAAAUAACUAAUAACUCUUGAUCGCAAUUGCCAUGGAUCAAUGAACAUCAUUUAUUUUUACAUGCUAUUUACAUCAUAAUAAGAUUUCAAGGAAUUAGCAAUUACAACAACUACAAAGGGUUUCUCAAUUGAUUAAACAAUAAGAAAUUAUGAAAUUUAAACAAAAAAUGUCUUAAACAUCUAAAUGGAAGAUAUCUGA